AUAUGGGAAAUUAAACUUUUAGAAAUUUUUUAUAACAUUUUAGAAUGAAAUAUAUAGAGGUGUAUCCAAAGAUGUGUUGACCUCUCUUUGUACAGCAUGGCAGAUGUUUGCUACUCGAAUUUAGCCAAAUUUACAACCCACUGCUGUUAACUUGAUUCAGACAUAACGUCGUUAUAAUUCAAUCAUUUAAACUGUAACACUGACUUAUGAUAACAUGUAUUUCUAGUCUUUCAGUGAACCUCCAACCAUUAACGAUGACGUAUAAUAAAGAUGUAAUGACCAGGCUGUCAGAGUUUAUGAAGCCAACAAGCCAGUCAAGAUAUAGGCUGAAAAGUGCUAAUAUUGAAAGCAAGGUGAAGAAAAUGGCCCUGGAGAGAUACCAGGAGUUGAAAGACUCGACAAAGACAGAGUUGAUACAAUCAUUGGAUGAUCUGAUGAGCGGAGAAACGAAGAAAGCAGAUGACAAGUGGGACAUUGAGUUGGACAUUGCAGCUCCUUCGAUUAUUCUCCCUGAGAAAUUCAAUGGAACCAGCACUUCAAUGGUAAUUUUCGACUUGGGAAAAAUCUCCUUUAUCAAUGCACCAGGUCUGCAUAGGCAACGAAGCAAGUCAAUCGGCGAAGGAGCUGACUCAGGGGAUGAAGACGAGUUUCUCACCCCAUUGUCAACUCCACCGGACGAAGAAGAUUUGGAGAAAAUCAUUACUGAAGCGGCAUUCUCCCAUGAAACAGAAGAUGUGGAGGCGCUGAAAGAGAAAUUUUAUGAAAGGUACGAGCUGAAGUUCACCCAUCUACAAGUUGUUGUGUGCAAGUCAGUUGACGAUUGGCGCAGAAUAUUACGCCAGAAGAAGAGCGAAUUUCACGUUGUUGAUAGCUUCAGUAUCUCUUUGAAUAUGGAAAGGAGGCUUGCAUUCACAUCUGAUCCUAACUGGCCUGCAGUCACCCUGUCUGGCAGCCUACCACAGCUUAUUGUAAACGUUGAUGAGCACAAGAUUGCUGUUCUUUUCAAAUGCUUCAAUCAGCUACAAACCGAAACCACGUCAUCGCUAAAUAUUGAAGUCCAACGACCAUCUGCUAAAAGCAAUGCUGUGGCAAGUCCUAGACCAGUUUCUCCAACAGUAAAUAUUCAGUCUCAAAAGGAAGCAAGGCUGAGCGACGCUCAUCUAACACCACAAAGAGAACUUUCUGUCUUGCACAAGCGAGCGCAUGAUCUUCUCGUUGAAUCUUGCCUGGCUGUAGCCAACUUUAAGAUUGAUAAGGUGUCUCUUGGACUUCAUAGCAGAGGACGAUCUGUUGCUGAGCUCCAGGUUGCUGGUGUUGAGACAGAGUACGUAAAGCGACCUUACGACUUCUCUGUCUCCUUCGUUUUGCAUUCACUGCUAAUCAUAGAUGCUAUACAGACGUUUGGCCCAGAGUACAGAUUGUUGGUUUCCUCUCAAGAAAUGAAUUCAGGCGACGAUGAGAAUGCUUUGGAUGAAAGCACAGAUGCUCUUAUACGGAUAAACUACCAACAAAUAGAUUCAGAACUGAUGCCAUCUGAAGGCAACGAAAAACAGCCUCAGAGAAUCGCUUCGCUGAAUUUUAGUUCGGUUAGCAUUAUUGCCAAUCAAGAGACCAUUGUGGAACUUUUGAGCGUUAUUGACCACGCUUUGCAAAUCGACCCUGCACAGCAGCAUUCCACCUCCGAAAAAGAAACGAAUGUCAAAAGGCUAACGACACCUGACGAUAAAACUUCAAUGACGUCACCAAGUGAUAAUCAAACCGAGGAUUUUGCGGGGAAGAAGUUGCAGGUCGAUUUUAACGUCCAGAGAGUAAAUAUUAUGUUGGCUCACGGAGUUUGCGGACAAGGUGGAGCCAAGGUCGCGCAAAGAGUGGCAGCCGUAACAAUUGCUGAUCUUGACUUCUCAGGUGACCUAGGCCAUGAUCAAGUUGUGAAAGGGUCUCUAGGAGGCCUUGAAGUUCUCGACUUGACCCCUGAAAGCACUAUACACCGUUGCAUCUUGUCUGUAGGAGAUUGCAAUCAGGACGAAAGUAGAGUUGAAACUUCAAGCAUAGACUCUGACUAUAAAGCAUUUUCUUUUACUUUCACAAAGCCAGCUGACAAUUCAUCGGUAGGAAUGGAUGUUGACAGCCAUAUUGCCUCAGCGCGGUAUGUUCAUUCUGCAGAAUUUCUUGCUGAACUGUCCCUCUGUGCAGGUGACUUUCGUGACUACGCAGCGUCCGCUGCCAAAUCAAUUCAGACUGCAGCUGCUGAUGCCGCGAAGGAGUUUGUGACUGCAAAGAGAGAUACGGAAAAGUCCGUUUCACCUAGUUUAAAAAGACAAUUAUUUGAUGAUGGUUCUGUCACAGAAAAGCAGUUAAACAAGAAAAAAGGGAAGUUGACAGUGCGUAUUUGUAUCGACACGCCCGUUAUUGUAAUUCCAAUGUCGUUUAAUAGCCCUGAUCUUCUUGUUGGUAACCUUGGACAGAUCGCUAUUCGUAAUUUUCAUAUUGCAAGAGCAGAAGAUGGAGAUAUCGCCGCAGCGGGGCUAAUCAAAGAAGGAUCCAUCGAUAGAAUAGUUUUAGAUAUAAAUAACGUCAGUCUGUUUUCCAUAACACUCCAGGCCUCACAGCUGACGGACCUCGAAAGCGGUAAAAUGACCACCUUUGAUCUUUUGAAACAGAGGCAGGCCUCGACUGUGAGUCCUUUUUCAAGCCCUAGCCAUCAAUUUCACCGGCCUACACGUCGGAAACCUACGCUAAGCCAACUGAGAGAAGAAAGUUUCACCAUGGAAACAGCUUGUGAUACUGAGGCAUUAGAAUGGAUUCAAAUCCUUCACGAUACAGGAUUCCAGCUGGUUAUUGAUCGUUUAAUGGAAGCUGAACAAUUUAUCGGAGGCUCAUCUGGGAACGCAGUGCGCAAAGAACCAAGCUUUCGGGUAGAGGGUCGCAUCUCAAGGGUAUUGAAACUAGAACUUUCUGGCAAAACAUACAAUCAGCUUCUUGAAACUCUAAAUGCAAUAUCUACUCCUUCUAAGCAGCAGAGUAAUUUAGAAUUGAACAGCAUUUCAUCCAGGGCAAGCCGUUCAGGAACACCUCAGGUUUCUUCACCGUCACCAAGAGGCCUCUCUCCGAAUAAACCUCGAGAUGACCACGAGCCCUUCCUUCUUCCUGACGAAUUCAUGUUUCCAUCUGAUGUCGAAAUGAGUAUAGAUAACCAAGAGAACGAGGCAGUAAACAUAUCCCAUACGAGGUUCAGCGCUUCUUUUGAAGUCGUCAGAAUUGAUGUCACUUUGAGUGUUGAAAUCAACAACAAAGAACGAAAGUUUGCUAAUAUUCGACUUGAAGACUUUAUCUUUGGAUAUAACAAUUUCGAUAAACCUGUUAGUGAGAUUUCGGUGAAUUUGGGAGAGCUUACCGUCGAGGAUCUGUUACAUGACGGCGACCCAUCUAAUCGCUUCCUUCUGAAAUCGUCCAAUUCUGAUAGACGGAAUAAUGGACAUAAUAUUAGUCUAACAUCAAGGCUUUCAAGCUCCUGCCCAGAGGGAUCUUUAUUUUAUGAUCCAAUGGUAUUGUCAACUUCAUUACCAUCAGUGCUAAAUUUCUCUCCGAAAAAGACCUGGCAACCAAGUAUAUCCCCUCUUCGACCCAUGUUGCAUAGCGAUAAGAAGUUUCCCUCGCAGCCACAUUUAUCGUUUAAUAAAGAAAGUCUGAGUGAAGAUGAAUACGAGGCGGAGUCUGUUAUUGAAAGGGAAAAAGAAGAAUCGUGGGUGAAGAUAAAGAUAAUGUUGAUAGAUGAUGGCAACCAUGAUCUUAAUGAUGGCGAACUAUUUGUAAACAAAUACAUCGACAUAGCUUUCAAUUCCUUGGAUUUGACAGUGAAUCUGCAAACAUGGGUGGUCGUAUUUGAGUUCUUUGGAAUUGGAGCCCCUGCUCCGCAGCCGUCCUCGUCAGGACAAACCAGCCCUGUGAAGUCAUUUGACAACAUUGAUCAGCCACAAGAGAGUGAUAAAGAGGAUAGCAUGUUCGCAAGUCAAUCUGUGAUUGGAACUGACAUCAAAGUUUCGAUGAAGUCGUUGUCAGCAACACUAAAUAAAGAAAAAUAUCCCCUGGCACAUUCAGUUGUUUCUAAUCUGAACUUUGACGUGGAACAAAGAGGGCCUGACCAGCAAGUGACUGGGAGCAUUGGCUAUAUCAGCUUGUGCGACAUGUCCCCUCACGGCAGCCUAUAUAAAGAAAGAUUCAUAACAUAUGGAGACCAGGCCCUGGCGUUCACUUUUUUCAGAUACGGAGAACCGGACCCAUUUCUAAAACGAGACUUCGACAUGAGGCUGGAAUUAAAAAUGGCGUCAGUGCAGUAUGUUCAUACGCAGCGAUUUCUUUCUGAAGUAAUUGCCUUUGCGCAGCACUUUCUGCAGCUUCAGGAAGUUCUUGGUCGAAUAAGGGCUGCGAGUCAGGGAAACGAGGUCUUUGCCAUAACAAACAGAGCAGCAAGAGUGUCACUUAAUGUCGAUGCAGACGUUCCUAUCCUAAUCCUCCCAAGAUCUUCCUCCUCGCAAGAUAUACUUGUAGCCUGCCUUGGCCAUAUCGUAGUAGCUAAUGCAUUCCAAUAUGCUGGUUCGCCUGAUUCGAUUUCCGGAAAGCUGACUGCUUCAAGAUUCAGAUCAAAUCAACUUUCUUCUGAAACGGAAAAGUCGAUAUCGCGACUCAUCAGCCAGGAAUCAAUUGCUGAAUCCGAAGACCGAUUGCUUGAUUGCAUCAAUAUUGGCCUUGUUGAUAUGGAGGUUUUCACAGCUCUAAGAACAGAUCAGUCGAAGCACGAGAAUAUGUCGUUUGGGUAUGAGAGACAGGGUGGAAAAUUGAUGAAGGAGACUUGUAAGAUUGAGCUUGUGGUAGAAAGAAACUUAGAAUGGGCGUUUGGUAGACAAGUACCUGACAUGACGAUUGCAGGGAAACUAUCUUCCGUAUAUGUGACACUGGAUUUGGCUCAGUUUGGUUUAAUCAUGGGAAUGCUCGGAGAAAACCUAGGCGAGCAGUUUGAGCAGUUUGAACGACCAUCAUCUGUUCUUAUCGAUCCGCUUCAAGAGGCCACAGAGUCUGAUGCUGUAUGGACAACUCUCAGCAUGUCGCUAAGUCUUGUUAAUGUAACCAUUGAAAUGAUUCCAAAGUUUUCAUUUGGUGAUAUACCGCAGAGAGGUGAUGCUUCAGAACAGCUGGGAAAACUUGAUUUCGUCCAAUCGAAAUUUGUAUACGAGUCCUUUUCUGAUGGCUCAAAAUCAAUGGAUUUGGUUUCUCAUGGAGUGCUUCUUCACGAUAUAAGGAGUAAAGAUAACAAUUGCAGCAAUGUUUUCACGAAGAUCUUGGAACCUAGUAGCAAAUACAACGAUGAUAUGCUAGACAGGGUUUUGCAGUUUGAAGUUCAUUACUUGGAUACAAAAAAUAAAACACACAUCACGUGUCUGUUCAACCGAAGUAAAAUCAUAGUGAUCCUCGAUUUUUUGAUGCAAAUAUGGAAUUUUAUUACAAGGAAGGAAGAAAAUGAAUACAGGGAGCAAAAAGAAUUUCAAAUUAAAACUAAAACUGAUGAGCUAGUUUCACCAACAUCAGGAGACGUACACCCGCCUUCCGGGAUAAUCACGAAAGCAUCUACAACACCAAGAAAGCCAGAUGUAAAGCAGUUUGAGCUGAAAGUCAACAUGACCGAUACAGAAAUAAUUGUAGUUGAAGACAACACUUCAAUGGACACUGCAGCCGUUAUAUUACAGACAACUGCAGUUUUGGCUUAUCGUCCCAAUCACUUCUCCGAAAGACCGCUAACAGUCAGUCUUCAAAGCCUGGAAGUGUUCUCUUGUAUCCUGGCGAGCAUUGAUGAUACGGCUUUGUCGAUUAUUGAUCCUGUUACUGUGCUUAUCGAAUUAAAUUCUGCUGUGAAGUUGAAAAACCAGACUGUCAACAAAGGAUUGCUUGGAGCAAUGCAGGUGAAGCCAACAUUAGAGGUCCAUUUUCACUCUCAGUUAAAUGUUCGAUUGUCAUAUCAUGACAUCAAGUUGUUUUUGAGAAUUUUUGAAUCAGCGCAAAAGCAAAUCAGUCAAGCUAUGGAAAAAUCAGACGAAAGCAAAGCUCAAGAAGAUGUUAAUACAACCGCUGAAAGCGAUUCAAAUAACGACAGUCUUCUUAUUUCACAAAAGCCUAUUUAUACCGAAGAAGACAGUCUAGUUUUGGAUGUUGCUACUGGAGGCACUGCUGAUGUGAAAGCAGCCUCUGAUAGAGAGCAAGGAGAAGGUGUGGCACUUGCUGGUUUUGAGGUUACAGGAACAGUGUUGAGCUUUUGUCUUAUCGAUGACUGCGGAAACAACGACAUCCCCCUGGUCGAGAUUCUAUUAAGCAACCUAUACCUUCGGCAUGAUCUUCAGCAUACGGGGGAAGGCACAUCGCAUGCUACUGUUAUGGGAGAUUACUAUAACAGGAAUGUUUCGGGCUGGGAGCCGUUCAUUGAGCCAUGGAAAUGUACUGUGCAGUGGCAUAGAACUGAAAAGACAGCGAAGAAGGGAGAACGCACAUACGUGAAAAUCCAUGCGCCAGAGAGACUGGACUUGAAUGUGACGUCAUCGUUGCUUGAAAUGAUUUACAGUACAAAAUCAGCUUGGACAGAAGAUUAUUUGAAGGACAAUCAAUCGGCCCUGGGGGAGAGCAGUACGGAUGUAUCAAAAGAAAGUAGAUCCUCGCUGGCGAAGAAAAGAGCGCCAUUCGUGCCCUUUCUGCUGCGGAACAGGAGCGGGUGCCCAAUUCGGUUUGGUACCUUGAUCACAUCACCUACAAAGGCCGUUGGGAAUGCAGACCCCAAAGCUGAUGACAUUAGGAAGAGGUCCUACACUGAAGCCGUGCAUUCAUGGAGGGAGGUGACUGCAGAUGAGGAGGUGCCGGUCAGGUUUGAAUCGAGAGACAAAAUGAGACACAAGGGCACGCAUAAACUCAAAGUGCACCAAAUUGUCGUUCAAGUCAGUGGCUGGCAACCAAGUUCACCCGUCACUGUUGACAAAGUUGGCGAUUUCUUCAGACACGUUCUACCCGCUCAAGAUAACCCUGGAGGAGUUCAAACAUUGAAAUCGUCCGCUCUGAGACUCGUCUUUGCAGUGUCCCUUGAAGGAGCCCGAAAAGUUGUCACUGUUCGCUCCUCACUGAUCAUUUCUAACAAACUUGAUGUUCCGAUGGAAAUUUGGGCGGAAAAUGUAUCUGAGGAUACCGGCUUGAAAUUUCCUACAUUGAAUCCGGGUUCAUCUUUUCCAAUUCCGGUUUCAAAUGUUCAGUGGAACCUUUACGUGCGCCCGGGUACGAUCGGAAAUUUCGAUUACUGUCAGGAUAGACUAGAAUGGAGGGAUGUGGUGAAACCGUAUGAAGGGCGGGGCUAUUUGAGAGAGUGCCAUGGAAAACAGAAAAGCCACUUCCGAUUUGCCUGUUUUGUGAUGCGAGAAGGAUUUCCAGUUGAUAAGCCAUCAAAUUUCACUGAAGCAGUUGAGAAGAAAGUGUUUAUGCACCCAGGACAUACCAUCAGUCUUGUCCACCAUUUGAUAUUAGUCAAUUUACUGCCAGUUGAACUUCUCUAUAUAAUCAAAGGAGGAGCAAAACGAGAAAGGAUCAAGUCAGGAAAAUCAGUGCCACUGCACAAUGUCGAUGCAAGAAACACCUUUGAAAUUGGCUUUUCAUUUGAAAGCCACACGAGGUUCGAGUACGUAAGGAUUUCAACGAGGUACCGAAUUGACCCAGCUGUUAUUCCAGUGAAGCUACUUGACGUUCAAGGCAGACCAAUUAUACUGAAUUUGAAAAUUGAACACGAAAUGAGUUCUGCCAAGAUAUCUGUAUACUCGCCUUAUUGGUUGGUGAACAAGACUGGCAUCCCACUUGUUUUCAGGAGAGAAGGGGAAACGGUGGAGGCGGCUGGGCAGUUUGAGGAACACGAGAAAGCACGAAGUUUGACACCGUUACUAUUCUCAUACGUCGAUGAAGAGUCAAUGUUUAGAUGCCAGAUGAGGGUUGGUAGAGACAUGUACCAAGGACCACUAUGGUGUCACUCAUUUUCAUUGGAAAGUGUCCGCGACCACCGGACACUCUAUGUUCGACAAGGAGGGAACAAACCAGAAAUAACCUUUGAUAUUGGUAUAAACUCGGUGUUUGGCCAGGGUCAGUUGUCUUGCACAAGAAUUGUCUCAUUCGUCACCAAAUUCCAGUUAGAAAAUCGAUCAAGAUAUUCGCUUGCCUUUGCUCAAAGACACAUGAUUAAGGGCGAGGGUACUGUAAGCCCAGAUGGUUGCGUUGUAAGCUUGCCAGGAGCCAUAACUCUAUUUCAUUGGCCAAGGUCUGAUUUCGACCCUUUAUUGUGUGUGAGGCUGCACGAUAUUGAUCAUUGUUACUGGUCAGGGGGAUUCAAAAUUGACAAGGAAUGCUCGUUUCAUGUGAACAUGAGAUCCAGUCAAAGCGCAUCCUUCAUGUUCUUGAGAGUCGAGGUUGUUUUAGAGGGAGCAACAUUUCACGUGAUUCUUGCUGAUACAGACAAUCUUCCUCCUCCAUUUAGAAUCGAUAACUUAUCAAAGGUAGAAGUGACAUUCUGGCAAAGCAAAAACGCUGAUCGAUCUCAGCGAUGCAUUCUUAAGCCGAAACAUAGUGUGCCAUAUGCGCUAGACGAACCCUCGUUUAAUGCAACACUGGCGAUGAGUGUAUAUGGGGAAAUGUCAGACAACUACGAUAUGAUGACUCUGAAUCGAGACCUGCCUCGUUUGUAUUAUCAAAAUGCGAUUUACAUUGCACUUGGAAGCACAUUCAGUCCGUUUGACUGCAUGACAGACAACUGUAACCAUGGAGCUUUCAUCAGCUUAGAGCCAGCCUACAAAGACAGACAGCUUGUACUCGAUGUAGUCGAAGGACAAAAAGUUGUUCUUAGUCGCAAGGUUUUGCACAAACGAUCUCAGUUGUGGCGAAUGAACGCAAAAGGCCAGCUUUUACACGUUGGUUCCUCGUCACCGUUUGAUCCACGGCAGACGUCACCAAAGGGAAAGUGCUCUCUAGUUUUGGACAUAGCUGGAAACUAUUCGGAAAAUCGAGGCUUUGCGCCACUAGUCCUUGCAAGAUCAGAUCCGAGGCGAGAAAUGACUCAAACAUGGAAUUUUGAGGACGGUCUGCUCUGCUGCGGCCUUGUAAACAUGGCUGUUAGGCCACAAGAUGGCGUCAAUGGUCUCCAAGAAGGAAACCUAGCUGUGCUUGCACCACUAAGAAGACCUUCUGGAGGAAAAUGGCCGGCUGACAACUGUCUUUGUAAACACAAAUUGCGUCCUGGCUCUGGUGCUCUUGUUGUCCGAGUUACGACCGAUGGGCCUACCCGGGUCGUCAGAAUAACGGAUGCCUGUGACGAAAUGGCUAGUGAUACAGAACAGGACUGGACGUUGGUAGAGAAGAGAGGCGGCGCUUCCAAAUUCUUUACCCUCUCUGCACAAACAUCUCCCUAUGAUUCAGAGUUGCAGGUCAAUGUAAGCUUGGCUCAUGGUUUUGGAUUGUCAGUUAUUAACUCAAUACCAGAAGAGAUCGUCUUUGCUACAUUUCAUAGAAUCCAGUUGGAUUAUCUAAGCAUUCAUAAAAACAGAUCAUUAGAAUUUGUGGUAGAUAACAUCCAGAUUGACAAUCAGCUGUUCGGUAGCUCGUACCCAGUUCUGCUGUUUCCAACACCACUAUCAAUGAAGGGAGAGGUUGUAAAAGAAAGUCCAGCCAUCGAAUUCUCAGUAUGUCUAGAAGAAAGUUCGUUUGCAAAUGUCGAUAUCUAUAGGAAAUUUGACUUCUCUCUUCGAAAAAUGACAAUAUUGCUAGAGGAUCGAACCCUUCUCAAGUUGCUCCAGUUUUUCGGGACUGGCGAUGGUUCAGAAAACGAUUUAAAGUCAGAAGAUUUUGACAUUCAUUCUAGCCAAAGAAUACUUGAAACACAAAAUCGGAAUACAACAGGAAAGAAAAUAUACCUAGAAAGAUUAUUUCUUGGAAGUACGGAAGCGAAAAUAAGUUUGUUAACAGUUGGCAGGCUAACUCCUGAUCUUCAUAAAAUAAAGCGGAGUCUUGGUUUUCCUAUUGUCAGUCUUGAAGACGCAAAUAUCGAACUAACAUUUUUCAAGAAAGAGCAUUUGUUUGAGACAACUUCUGUCAUCAUGUACCAAGUCAAAAGGCAUUACAGUGAUGUUGUACGUGGUCAAGCUGCGAGUGUCCUUGGCUCGUUGGAUAUACUCGGAAAUCCAAUGGGCCUAAUUCAUGAUGUUUCAACUGGCAUGGAAGGCCUUGUCAAGCGAGGCAACUUGGGUGGCCUGUUGGUUAACGUGGCUCAUGGUCUAUCAGAUACAGCUGCUAAGAUGACCGGCUCGAUCGCUGAUGGCUUGUGGUCCGCUUCGAUGGACAGUCGACUUCAAGAAUCCCGAGGGGUAAUGCGUGCGGAACGCGGGAGUAGUAGCAGUGACCAUCUAUUAGCUGGUAUCAAAGGUCUCGGGAUGGGUGUUAUUGGCGGACUGACAAGUAUGGUCACUCAGCCUAUUGAGGGUGCAAGCAGAAAAGGAGUUCAGGGUUUCUUCACGGGCAUUGGCAAAGGACUCGUUGGCACGGUAGCCAAACCGGCUGCCGGUGUUCUUGACCUCGCUUCAGGUGCAGCUGCUGCAGUACGAGGUUCAGCCAGGGGGAGACAGUAUGCACCAAAACCAGUUCGACUAAAACGUAAUUGCUUUGAUGCCGGAGGGGUUCUGCCUGGGUUUUCUAAAAGCAUGGCAGAAGGACAGGAUGUUCUUCUGAAGCUAAAUGAAUGUGAUAUUACUGAAAGGUUUGUUGCAUCAGAAUUGGUUCGCAGUGAUAAGGAUGACAGGAUGAGGUCCAUAAUAACUACAGAUGGAGUUUACUUUGUCAAGGCCAAGGGUCCACCAUCCCCAGAUUCUGUUGUCCUACAUUUAGAAUUCUCUGAAUUGUUCACUGCGCAGCCCAAGAUAGAGAAAGGAAGUCCUGAAAUGUUUGUUGAGUUGAUAAUGCGUAGAGAAAGUAAUGGGGAGUUUUUACCAAGCCGCAAUCCUGAUAAAAGACCAAGGGUACGCUGUGAUUCAAAGCAUAUUGCAGAGAAGGUUACUGAUAAAAUCAAUUAUAUGAAGAGUUUAUAUGCAGAGAAACAGCUGACUGUUUUAAAUGAAAAAAAUGAGCGAACAUAGAAUUUAAUCUAAUCUUAAAUUUUUGACACAGCAAGUAUUUGUUGUUGAAUUCUGAAAGCUUAUUUUUUAGCAAAGUUCAAAUGGUUUUUAAAAGUGAAUAAAAUAGCUUGGCCUAAAACUCUUGUUUUGAAUAACAUUUGGGCAAUAGCAAAUAUUAAAAAAAGCAUGCGCAUGCUUUGAGGUUUUUGUCAUGGAACUGUCAACAUGGUAUUUCCAUACCUUAUACGAUGCUGUCCCCAGUUAUAAUGCAUUAUAUAAUCCUUAUUACCCCUUCUAUUACAUCUGUGUAUAUCUAUAUUAAGUGAAAUAAUUGGUGUACAUUCAUGGCAAUUGCAAUAUUUAUAUGCCUUUAGGAUAUUUUAAAAUUUUAUAAAAUUUUGUGCUUAGUAGGAUAAAUGUAAUAUGAGAUUUGUUCAGCUUUUCUUUAAAACUUGAGAGUGCUUCAGUAUAAAAUUUUAUGAAAAUUCAAGAAGUUUAUAGCAGUGCUGAAUUUGAGAGGUUAUUUUUAAACACAACUUGUUUAAUAAAAUGCAAGUAUAAACUUGAAAUAACUGUUGACAACUCAAUUUUUAAGUUCCUGUUCCAUUGAUUUGUGCUUUGAUUGCACCUUGUAACUAUCUAUUUCAUCAAAUCAAAAUUUAAAUAAAUACAAUUUCCUAAGAUGCAUUAUACAGACUUUCUGAGUUGCAUAACAUUGUCAUCUUAGAGAACUGAGGAUUGGUAUUAAUUAAUGUUUUGCAAACCUCGUGUUAUAAGACAGUAACUUAACACAAAUUUUUACACUCCUAACAUUCUGAUAAGAUAUUUAAAUUGGAGAAAAUUUAUGGCUUUCUUUGUUUUACGACUUGGCCUUAAACUUUUCAAUUAAAAGAGGAAUAAAAAUGCAUUAUUUGAAUAAAUAUUUACUUUUAAACUUUUAAAUAGUAUGUUACUAUUCUCAAUGACCAUGCAAUCAUGGGUCAUUUUUCGCAUUUGUCAUGUGUUUAUUUUAAUUUUUCAACUGUAAUUCAUCUCUUUCAUUUCCAU